UUAGCUGAGUCUCAGACGAUGCAGGAACAAACCACGCACUUUGGGAAAGUUAAAGCACAAGUUUCCUGAACAGGCUGAGAGGAGAGAGAAGGCAAGGAGAGGGAGCAGCAGUGAAGCAGGUACCAGUCUACACUGCUGCCUGCUGGGCUCUCCAGGCUGCAGCCUGCCUGCUAACGUCAGAGUGCACUACCAGGCAAGGUGCUAGCUCCCGUGGCCCGGGCCCACCCUACAUGCUAGAAUGGCACAGGGAGAAGCACCGCUUCUGCUGCUUUUCCUCACCAGGCUGGCGUCAUCAACAUGGUAUGAAGGUUCUGGCUAUGACACUACUGAGAGGUACAACAAUGAAGUUUAUGUGGAAGAGGCUCCCCAAGCUCCUGCCUUGGACUAUCGAGUUCCCCAGUGGUGCUAUUCAUUAAACGUCCACCACGGAGAGGCAACCUGCUACUCCCCCAGGGGAGGGAAUUACCGCAGCAGCCUGGGGACGCGCUGCGAACUCUCAUGCGAUCGAGGUUUCCGGCUAAUAGGACGGAGGUCAGCGCAGUGCUUGCCAAGCCGGCGCUGGUCUGGCACUGCCUACUGCAGACAGAUCCGGUGCCAUGUGCUGCCGGCAGUGAUGAGCGGCUCCUACCAGUGUUCAGCCGGGGCGCUGCUGGACUCUCACUGUGAUUACUCCUGUCUCCCUGGGUACCACCUGGAGGGUGACCGCAGCCGGAUGUGCAUGGAGAACGGGCGGUGGAGCGGCAGCGAGCCAAUCUGUGUAGAUAUUGAGCCCCCCAAGAUCCGAUGCCCGGAGACACGAGAGAGGAUGGCGGAGCCAGAGAAGCUGACAGCCACUGUGUACUGGGACCCACCCCAUGUGAAGGACUCUGCUGAUGGCAUCAUCAAACGAGUGACACUGCGGGGCCCAGAACCUGGGUCUGAGUUUCCAGAGGGGGAGCAUGUUAUCCGUUAUAUCGCCUACGACCAGGCGUACAACCGAGCCAGCUGCAAAUUCAUCGUCCGAGUCCAAGUAAGACGCUGCCCUGUUCUGAAGCCGCCGCAGCACGGCUACCUCAGCUGCACCUCUGAAGGCAAUAACUACGGUGCCACAUGCGAGUACUUAUGUGAUGGGGGCUAUGAACGCCAAGGGAGCCCCUCCCGCGUCUGCCAGUCCAGCCGCCACUGGUCGGGUUCACAGCCCAUUUGUGUGCCCAUGCAGAUCAACGUGGAUGUGAACUCGGCCGCUGGCCUCCUGGAUCAGUUCUAUGAGAAACGCCGUCUCCUGAUAGUCUCUGCUCCUGACCCCUCCACUCGCUACUACAAGAUGCAGAUCACCAUGUUGCAGCAAGCCACCUGUGGGCUGGACCUGCGGCAUGUCACCAUCCUCGAGCUGGUGGGGCAGCCCCCCCACGAGAUGGGCCGCAUCCGUGAACACCAGCUCUCAGCUGACAUCAUCGAGGAGCUCAGACAAUUUCUGCACGUCACCCGCUCCACUUUUAACAUGUUGCUGAUAGACAAGCAGGGCGUGGACCGCGAGCGCUACAUCGAGCCAGUCACCCCUGAGGAGCUCUUCACCUUCAUUGACACCUACUUGCUGAGCAGCCAGGAGGUCACCCAGCGAGCACAAAGCAGAGACAUGUGUGAAUGAGUGACUCUGCACAGGUGGGGGCAGAUCCCUGCAUCUGGGUGCCAGUGCUCCCACCCCUUCACAUUCAGAACCCCAUAACCUCAGAGGACUGAGAAUUCCCUUUCCGCAUUGUCUUGGGUCAGCUGUGAGGAAGGAAACAGUGUCAAAGGUCACAGACUUUUCAGUGGAGGGGGAGCUAGCUGGGCCAAGCCAACGUCACACCAGCCUUACUGCACCAGGCCAGCCGUGAAGUUAGGAUAAAAGAGGAGUUUGGGAGCAUUCCCUCUCCCCCCACAAAAUCAGCCUCUGCCCAGGCCCAAACCAUCACUAUCACACCAGCAGGGGGAGGCUGCCAGUCAGGAAGGAGGGAACACAAGCCCAGCAGGGUCUGAGCUCAGGUUGGAAUAGCAGGAGCUGCUGCAUCUCAGGAGCAGAACAUCAAUGAGUAAACUUAAGUCACCUCCCUUGUUAUUUCAUUCCCCUCUCUUGUAAGAAACAAGCAUGUCUAAUAGCAGUAUGGUUCUCAGCCAUGCAGCAUGCCCUGCCUGCACCCCAGGCCAGGUUUGCCAUGCAGUGCUAGCACAGCAUGCCCAUGUACACUAGCCCCCUGGCAGAGAACGUGUGGCUCCAGCAAUAGCACUCUACCCCAGCACACCAUACAGAUAGAAUCAUAAAAUAUCAGUGUUGGAAGGGACCUCAGGAGGUCAUCUAGUCCAACCCCCUGCUCAAAGCAGGACCAAUCCCCACCUAAAUCAGAUCAUGACAAACACAUCAAGCAUGUUUGUGAAGCCACCGGAGGUGGAGCUGGGAUGCUCUGGCAAGGGAUGACAGCAGCCGACAGUGGGGCUGCCCAGGGGAGUCUAUGAAUCCCUGCUGCAUGAGGCUUGUUACCAAGAGCUGGAAGAGGGUUAGGCCGGCUGUAGCCCACCACCACCAAGAGCCUGACAAUUCUCCAGGGAAGAUGGCUUCACAAUCCCAGAGCAGGAACAAAAGAUGUUUGAAAGACAUUCAGCCACAAAGGCUGGGCUUUGUUUAGACCCAAGCAGGCAGGAGGUAAGAGUUGGAAAGUAGUAAGAAAGAAAGCCACAUGGGGAGCAGGCCCAGUGCAGGCCACAUGGCUCAAAUAGGGACUGACGCUGGUAAAGGCCACUCCUUGUAACUUUCCUCAGGCAGCAGGAUCUGGCCCCCCCAGGAAGUUUCUUUCCUAUUUUAAAAACAGGUGGGGAAGUGCUUGGUUCAUUAAGAGCAAAACCACCCCAGCAGCCCAGAGCCCCCAACUUCCCUGCACACUAAGGCCUGGCCAAUGGUCUUAGGGCCACAGCCUAUUCUCCUGCCUCAUUACAGGACUUCAACAACACUUAUCUACUGAAGAAAGGCCAGUAGGAUAGGGGACAGGUUUGUAACCCAUCUCUCUUGCCCCCACCCAUCAUUCCCUUUCUCCAAGGAACAUGGGGAUGGGUAGUGAGGUGAAACGAGGACAGCACACGGGGCAGAGUGCAGGUAGCAGUGAAGGGUUGACAGAGCUUGCCCCUGCUGUGCCGCUCAGCCAGUGGCAGUGAUGGGCCCCUUAGCUCAGCAAACAUCUAACUGCAAGUUUCAAAGUCUACCUCUUCCCUGGAGCAGACCCUCAGGGACACAGCUCGAGGACAUGCUGCCACAAAGCCGUGCUAAGACUGAUAGCCACACACAAGCAGAGCAGACAAUCUGCAGUGGAAGGCAGCUGGCUGAGGCAGACCAGAUUCUAUUCUCAUCAGUUAGUGGCAGCAGCUUUUUCCUGGUCUCUCUAUGCUGCUCCCUGCCCUUCAUACCAAGCUCCAGGAACUCCCUCCCAGAGACAGCAGUAAGUCCCCCCGCCAGCCCCUGUGAAUGACUAGUCCUGACACCACCGGCAGCAGCAAGAAAACCUUUAUUAAAACAGAUGGCCCUUUGUGGUGAGCCUUGACACAGUAACCAAGCAGGCAUUAUAGUGCAUCUGCCAGUACAAAGACUGCCCUCCCAGACAGUUGCUUGAUGUGGAUUUUAACUCAUGCCCUAGAAUUUGCCUUUCCUCCAAGAGGGGCUGUUGCUCUCUUGUUGGGCACUGUUUUGACCCCCACAACAUUUUGUAUUUUAAAUGAAUAAAUCUAUGUAAAAUA